AUGGCUCGUUACGGUGAAUGGCGUGUCCAGCAAAAGGCUUAUCCGCUUGGGCAAGUUACCGAGCAACUUUUGGGGCCCAAUGCAUUGGAAGUAUUCCAAGGGAAAAUGGAGAGGAUUCCAUCGACAUUUGGACCAGACAACGGCGCAUGGGAUGUGACCAACCCACCUCGUAGCGAUGCAACGCUGAUUUUCAAAUGUGGCGGCCAACACCUGGAGCCAGGGCUGGGCGGAGACAGUUGGUUUGAUCCUGAUUUCCCACUGUCCGGGAGCAUCAGGUMGGCCAAUCCAUCGAAACCGAACGCCCAACCUUGCACACAAGGAUCCGGCGAAAUGGCCAAGACAUAUCUGACUGGGCUUUCGAGCUCGGCUGGCGUUCUCAACGGCCCACGAUUUGUGAUCAUGCUGUGUGAAGGGUGGGGCAAUGCGGUCCUUUCCAAGCCUGCGACGCUGGGGAGAUCGUGGUCGACUGUGGAUUGGACAGACGUCGAUUUCGGACGAUUCAGCCAUGACGCCAUGUCUGUCACGGUACUGCACGAGGCGAUGCACAGCAUGUGGUUCUUCAACGUAGCAGAGAGAAUAACUGGUCGCCUGCCGAGUGGUAGGAGGGAAGCAUAUGAUUUUGAAGAUAUUCAGAAGCUCUCAUGGGAUGCAAAGGAGAAGAAUGCGCACAGCUAUGCCUUGCUGGCUGUCUGUAAGUCUUGA